UGUGGCACUAACUUUAAAUCCAUUGUUUCAGACUCGCCAUCAUGGAUACUCUGUCGGAAGCAAAUGGCACCUUUGCCUUUAAUCUGUUGAAAAAGCUGGGUGAAGACAACUCAAAAAAUGUGUUUUUCUCACCCAUGAGCAUCUCCUCUGCCCUCGCCAUGGUCCUGAUGGGGGCAAAGGGAAACACCGCAGCCCAGAUGGCCCAGGCACUUUCUUUAAGUAAAAACAGCAGAGAAGGUGAAGAUGUCCACCAUGGUUUCCAUUUGCUUCUCACCGAAGUUAACAGGACUGGUACGAAGUACUUGCUUAGAACUGCCAAUCGGCUCUUUGGAGAAAAGUCUUAUGAUUUCAACUCAGUAAGUCAUAAUUGCUGUUUUUCACUAAAAAAGUAAAGGCAGUGAGGAGGAGGGGUCAUGUGGAACAGCGAGA